AGUAUGAGAGUUCUUUUAAUAAUAACGUGUGGAUUCGAUUUUCUUAAUAUACUUUGCAUUGACCGUAUAAUUACAAGAAAUUUCUUUCAAUUUCAUAACGAAGAUACGAACUAUCAGAUGGAUAAGAAUUAUUGUUAAUAUUUUAGCCACUAAAAUUUCGCAACCGUUUCUAACUAUUUCAUAGUAUGCAUUAUUGUUAUGCACGUUUUAACUUACCCACAAUCAUUAGUACAGAAACACAAUUUGCGAACAAGGUUAAAAUUUCUUUUAUUGUCGUACAAAUUCAAACAAAAGAUGGAAACCUAAAAGUGUACGAAGUCGUAAAUUACAAAAGCAGAAUGCUGAAAAUGGAUAUGCGAAAGCAAAUGCGCUCGGGAAUUUGUGGCUUUAGUGAAUUUUGAAAUGUUCUACAAAUCAAUAUUAUAAAUAUUACUGCCUGAUUGUUGCAUCUUUGGCCGAUGAUUGACAUCAUGAGCUCCCCCAUCCAUAAUCACUACCGAUUCGCGGCAACGCGGCAUACCCAAUCUUCAGAUUCAGACAAAUCAGAAUUGCUGAACAAUCCCGAGGAAGGAAGCACGAACAUAUUGUUGGACGACUUGCAGCCACAGCCGCUCGCCGCAGCGAUGUAUUCCUUGCAGUUGGUGGCUGAUGUUGUUAACAAAAUGCAGUCGGCGCUGCAUCAGAAGCCUAAGAAUAAUGUUGAUUCCAGUCCUGCGCCUUCAUUUUGCUACUUUUUCAUCGAUAUGCAACCGCAGUCUGGAAACAAUUACAAUUAUUCGCAUUAUAACCUGGAUUCUUGUCAAAGCUACAAAAAUAUGUCGGACAAGGAAUAUCUAAGCAGAAGUCCGUUGACGCUAGAAGCUGCUGUUUUCAAACUGAAGCGUCAAAGAAGUAUUUCCGAAUGUAGCGACGAUAGCUUUAUAUGCUUCGAGGAGGACAGCGAAAGCUUAGAUUCUGCUGCAGUUGGUUGUACUGAUUGCAAUGCUGCCGAUAAAAUGUCAGAUGCUUACAACAAUAGCCAAGAAGUUCAGAAACGGGUGCGCUUUAAUUUAAAACCAAAGGUGCAUGUAAUGCACGCUUGGGACUUUGCUUAUCGAGCUGCUCGAAAGGGUGAUUGGCAAGAGGUUGCUCGCGAUCGCGACAGAUUUCAGCAGAGGAUAAAUCGGAUUGCGCCAAUACUAAAUAAUGUUCUAAGCUCCAACCAUCGAGAGAAAGUUUACACAGCUCGCUUUUUAGAUAUAAAAUAGUCCUAGUAUCUUUAUUAAUAAAUUUAUAAUUCCUGAAGAUUGGUCGGCAUUUUGAAAACUUGUAAAUAGUCCAGAUUGUUUGGUUUUGUUUUAUAAAGAAAA